ACUCAAGCGGGAGCCGGGAACCUCACAUCAACCCCCAUCUAGAGACGAAAUAUUAAUAAUAUUGCAUAUUAACUUUGCUUAUAUUCCAAAUGUGUUUCUGAAAUGCUUGCAGAAAAGGCAUUAGAUUUAAUCCGUGAAUUGCACAGAACUUCAAGUGGAACUUUGUCCCCAUAUAAUGUUUGUUACUUUUAUUAAACUUAUUUCGUUUGCCGUAGACUUGAGUUAGACACAGUUAGUAGACUCAGUUCAAUUCAGUAGUGAGUAGUCUUGAGUGAGUAGACGUAGUUCAAAGUAAAAUAAUUUUAUUGUAUUUAAAUUAUAAUUAAGUUAUAUUGUUAUCAAUGUUAUAUAUGUAAAAAGUUUAAACAUUUUAAAAUCUUUUACAUAUGACUAAUAAUAAUUAUAUUAUUGCGUAAUGCAACUGCCAUCUCUUUGACUUUGAGUUAUGAAUCAUAGUCAUAGUAAUGAUACACUAACUCUAUGAUUCCUGAUAGAUACAGAUCAGCUGUUAAGACUUGAAAGUUGAGAAAGGUAGAUCCACACACCUAAGAAAUUUCCAAAACAAAAUUGUCCAACACAUCUUCUAUAUCUUUUUUUGAAGUAACUACUGUGUUAACUGAACUUGAUUAUCACAAUCUCAAAUAAUGUAUGAGCCACACUACUCAUCUCUUCUGAUCACAACUCUACUGAUUGGCAGGCUACUUUGACUUUACUUGCUACUUAACAUAAAUAUAGUUGAAGUGACUGGGACUGGGGUAGUUGAUAGUUGAAGUGUCUGAAGGUGACUGUUUUAAUAAAUAGAAACCUACAUUCAAUGCCCUAAAGCUUUUCCCAUGUGAUGAACUGAUGGAUUUUAACCAUCUCACAUUAGCCAUUAGCAGAGUUUAUUGAUUAUUGUUCUUUUACAAUUUACAGUCAACUUAAAUUUGACUAUUGUGGUUUGCAGAUCUGAAUCAUUUUAAAAAUACAGCAUCCUGUUAGUACUUAAAUAUACUAUCAAUAAAUUGUUUAAAUAUUCUUUUCAACUGUCAACUGGAUCCAUAGUUACUGCAUAUUUGCAUACUUUCUUCAUUAUCAUUGCCAUAGGUUGACCUUAAUGUAACUAUUAGUUUUUGGUUUAUAUGAAUGCAAUGUGCUGCUGAGUAGGCAAAAAAAAACAACAACCUCCAUUCUUUUUAUAUAUUUAUAUAAACAUCCAAAUAUUUGGCACUUUACAGUAUCAUCAGUGUCAGAAUUUAGCAUUUAAAUAAAAGCUAAGUAAGAAUGUUUAAAUCAUUUAGUCAAUAGUUGUUAAAAAAAUUUAUUUUUAAAAUCUCUACAAUUCAGGAAGACAAGAUUCGUCAAGUUUUAGAAGAAAUGAAGACACUUUUUGAACAAAAUAAAGACAAAGCGUAAGUUAAAUGCUUAUAUAGCAAUAUAUUCUUACUGGACAAUCUAUAUUUCAAAGUGAAGAAAUUAAAUGACUGAAGACACAUAAGGCUAACACUUACAGUAAAUUUAACAUCCUAAAAGAAUCAAGAACAUUUUCUUACUAGGAUGCAGCCAUAAUUAUAAUGAGUCCUCAAAAUCAUUAAUAAAAUAUUUGUAUGCAUUAUGAUAUGUGAUCCUGCAAGAUACCUGUACUCUCAUAUGAUUUAGGAUGAUAAAUAUAAUUCAUUAUGUCGUUCAAUCUAAUGUUUGUAUACAGACACAGUGUUGCAGAAGGGCAAACGGACCAGUUAUCUUCAAUACAACUUCGACAUGCAGGAAUACAGAGAAACAAACGCUGUUUAUUAGCUUACUUGUAGGUUAUCAUGAAUUUGUUUUAGUUAUAUAAUUUGCUUAAUGAAUAGGAAAUAUUUGUAAAAGUCUUUGUGAUACACAUUGUGAAAAUGAGAUUUUGAAAGAUUUGAAUUUGUGAAAAUUUCUUAUGUGGACUUCUAAUUUGUAUAUUUUUGUAUAGAUACAACCGUUUAGAGCAAAUUCGUAAGAUGCGCUGGGAAUUUGGGAGUGUUUUGCCACCAGAUGUAAAAUAUAAUAUGUGUGAACAAGAGGUAAGUUAUUGUUUAGUUUUAUAAGUUUUAUUUAAAGCUAUAGUUCUAUUGUUAUUUCCUUUUUAAUCUGUAAUAUACUGUUUUACUGUAGGCUUAAUUUUAUUAAAUAGUACUGUUUUAUGAUUUAUAUAAAGUGUGGCAGAUUUUAAUUUUAAUUUUCAUUCUCAAUUUUGGAAUGACUAUUCAAUAGUGAUACGUUUCACCACGUUCAGACGUCAAGUAAUGAUAAUAAUAAAUAAACUCUCAACACAAUGUUCUUAUGUAAUGAGCAAAGCUAGCUUACAGGAAAGACGUUCAUUUUCGUGCACAUUAAAUUUCAUGAUCGUCCUAGCUGUAGCACAAAAUCAUGAAUUUUUUAAAUUUGGAAAGCUCAGAUAAGAAAAACACGAAUUUGGCCAGCAUGGAUUUCCGGAUCCAGGCUUUUCCCAUAGCCCGAAAUGUGUUUCUUCCACUCUAAAUAUUCUCAGCAACACACCUAUCAAAAAAAAAAUUCUCAAAUCGUUCAUAAUUACUGACAUCUCACCAGUUAUGACACACUACAUCCAAUUGCUAAUUUAAGGAUUUAUUAUUAAGUUAUUUCUUUUAUUUGUGUUCAUGUUUCUAGAGCAGAUCAAUAAUCUUUUUUGAAACAUAACUCUCUAAUUAAAAAAAAAAAAAAAAAAUAUCUUUGAACUCCAAACAAAUAAAAGUCUGGUACUAUCAACACUACAUACAAUGGCUAAUUUAAGGAUUUAUUAUUAAGUUAUUUCUUUUAUUUGUGUUAAUGUUUCUAGAGCAGAUCAAUAAUCUUUUUUGAAACAUAACUCUCUAAUUAAAAAAAAAAAAGGCAUAUCUUUGAACUCCAAACAAGUAAAAGUCUGGUACUAUCAUGACAUUUCUUGCUUUAGUUUAAGUACAAGCUACACUAAAAACUUAUAUACUACCGGGACUAAUUUACCAACUGCUUGGUUGACAGUCCAGUCCCACCAUUGUUAACUACAGGGAAAGCUCUUGAAAUAUAAAGUAAACCUGCUGCUUAGGCAUUUCAAAGCUGGUGGCUCCAAUAACAAUCCUGUUGGCGUUUGUAAUAACAAAUUGUUUUAAGUUAACACUGCAUCAUUGUUAGAUGAAAAGCAGUAGUAUGUAUCCUUUUUUAGAAAUUUUAAUGUAAAUAGUGUCAUUUCUGUCACCCCAAUGGUAACAUACGCCUCUCUACCAAGUUGUGAAGGGAUUGAAUUGUUUGAAGUCUUCACCAACUAUGGGCCAAAACUGAGUCGAAUAGACUCAUUAGCUAAGUAACUCAACUAUUCUUGGGGAAUAAGUAAACUCUGAGGUGGGGGGUGGGGACGAAUAACGAAAGUGGGAAAACAAAGUCAAUGUCAUGUCAUAGUAUUGAACAUCUGUCCAUGAUAAUAAAACUCAGUCUUUACAGUACAAUAAAUUCAGGCCAUAAUAUGAAAUGAAGAAGAACACAAAAUUUGGUGAUUAACCAUAGAAGGGUAACUGCUGUAAUUAUAAGUUAUCUUGUAAUUUUAGGUCCAGUGGUUCAACCAGUACAACCGGCUGCUUGCAAACUACAUGAGGUCUAUAGGCGAAAGUGGUGGGCUGGAUUUAACACAGGACAUGAAGCCGCCAAAGACACUUUAUGUUUUGGUGAGUGUUAUCAGGUCUACAAUAAAAGGCUGGGAGAAUACUACACGUUUUUAAAAACAAAUUUUUGUUAGGGCUUGCGGGGCGUUGAUCGAAAACCCCAGUGAUUUGUGAGUGUCCAGUUAAAUUUGGAUUGAAAUAAGUUUUGUAGUGGAUGUUAUUUUUCUCAAAUGAAUGUCUUUUAAAUUUUUAAUUUUUUAAAGCUUGGCAACUGUAUUCCUCUGAAAAUGAAGUCAAAGAUAUGAAUGUCCCCAGAGAUUCAUUAUAUAUAAAAAGGCUAUCAAAUUUGGGCAAAGAUGAAUUUCUUUGGUGCUUGAUGAAAUAAAAUGUUAAAACAUUCACAGCCCCCAAGUCAAUAUUAUUUAAGUAUAUUUUGCCCAUAUACCUGUAUACAAUAAUAAUAUUGGUUAUUAUUAUCAUACAUGUAAAAGGUAUGCAAAUGGAUUUUCAGAACAAUUUCUUUCUGCUUAACACUGCCCUUAAAAUAUUCAGGAAAUGAUUUUGUUCAUUUCUAGGUAAGAUGUUUGUUGGACCAUGGAGAAUUUGAAACACAAGAUGGCAAUAUUAUUUUACUCAAGAAGAAUAGCCAGGUUUGUCUUUUUCUUUACUCGGAAAAUAAUCACCACAGCUUUAGAAAUUAUUUCAUUGCCAAGUUUUAUUAUUGAUAAUUAUCUGUCUCCCAUUGGGAUUUUUGCGCAUUAGUUCAUAGUGAUCUUACCCUUCAAUGAUCAGUGUAUAGAGAGAGAGUGUAUGUAAAUGUAUUGUUCCCCAGAAUUAAUUUUCAAUGUCUAAUUUGUUAGAUUAAAAUUUAAUGAGCUUGGUGAAAAAUAAAAUACAUUGAGAUUUGGUGUCACUGAAAUAUACAAAUUAAUUCAUAUUGUAUUUGCUUCUUUCUUUAGCAUUACUUGCUGAGAUCUGAAUGUGAGCACCUGAUACGUCAAGGAGUGUUAGAGCAUGUUGUACAAUAGAUCAUUUUUGUAUGAUAGAUGGUAUAAAGGCAAAUGUAAUUCUGUACGGUAUAUAAAUUAAAUCAUUUUUUACAAUCAUUGAUUAUUUUCAUUGUAAAGAAAUGUACAUAAAAUAUUUCACAUUCUAUGUUGAACAGCGUAAGCAACUGCCACAGUUACAGUAAAAAAUAUGUUGAAAAACUGAAGCAGUUUUAUAGCAGCUUCAGAAAUGCAAAUGUUAUAAGUAUUUAUGUCAGGCAGAACAUUUUAAUUUCCAUGACUUAAGCUUAAUAUCUUGUUUAAAGUUUGGUUAAGUUCAUGUCAUGUUGUAUACAUAUUUAUUGUACAGUGAUAAAUGUGGUUUGGGUGGCUUAAUUGUAAUUUUUCAAACACUUAUUAUUAAUGAAAUAAAAUAAGAGAAUUUAAAAAAAAUUAUCAAACUGAACAGUGUUAUUAAUAAUGUUUGAAGUUGAAAAUUUAACUACAUAACACAAC